AAUAUGAUGACUUCCUACUUUUUUUUUCUCGUCGAUCUAUCCAUCAAAGCAUUUUGUGUCAAGAGCUGUUCAUUUUAAGAUGGGUUUUUUUAUAUAUAACCGAGUGGCUAUGAUAAAAACAAGUCUUUCUGAAGUGAGGCACACCCACUACAGUAAAAUGCUUUCAUCACCAACUGCAAGUUUAUAACGCGGCUGUAGAAACCCUAAUGUUCAUCACCCUUCAAACACUGUCUCUAUAACAUGGUAUUGGCACUAGUAAUAUUUUGAUUUGUUAUUUAAUAGGUGGCAAGACAUUUUCUGACCAUACCAUCUGCGAUGUGAGGAAACAAGGAGUAUUAAAAGGUUGGGAGCAAGAAUUUCCCAAUAUAUCAUUGGCUAUUCCCUCUACUACCUACCCAACGCUUAUAUCGUGCAAGUGCAUUGCAGUCUUAUAUUUUAUACAGGUAAGAAAAUUAAGGAAGUUUUUGAACGUUCUCUUGCAUUUAAGCUUCUAUAGAUAUCAAAAUUGACUGGAACUUCUCGUUUUGAUUUAGCAACAGAGGAUAACAGGACAAAUAAGGAAUCUUAGCGCCUUGGCCGAGAUAUGUCAAUUUCACGAAAGUUAUUUUUAGAGGUUCUAGAGGUUAUUAAACGGAAACUAAUUUCUGGGACAUCCGCAAAUUUUAAUCGAUUAUUUGAAACGUCAUCAAGUCCUCGCACAACUGCCUCAAAGCAAUUCAUAUAUCUUAUUGAACGGUUCAGUGUGUAGUAUCGUGGGAUAUUUUUACGAGUCACGCCCAAAUUCUGUUAGUUUUGCUUCGUCAUUCAUGAUUGUCAAAAGAACCAGAUAAAAACAAGGAUUUCUGUAUAGUUUUCACCAUUUUUGUUACAUCUAUACCACAUUGGCUUGAAAAACACUCCUUAUUACACAGUACAAGCGUGGCUAAUAACAGCGGAACCGUCCGAUAAGCAAGUGAAAAUAACUAACAUGACAGAUUACCAGACCAGUAGCCUCUCACAAGGCUACAAGUAUUCUGACUUUGAGGAGACGAGCCCAACUGGUUUGCGACUCGCCUGACAGUUUACAAGACAAGACUGACUAGCUACCUAAACGACGUUUUUACUAAAAAAAAAAACCCUUUUCUAUAACGCGGACUUUGUCACUCGAAACACGCACAGUAACACCGAUUCCAACACUCAGACUAGCUUUAACUGUGACCCUGUUACGACAACGACUAUAACGAUCAGAGGCACCUCUGAAAAUAUGGCACCUAUUCUACAAAUUUACAACAUACGCGUUGCACACAAACUGAUAACCACUUUACGACGGCUACUCACUAAUGCUAAGAGUAAAGAAAAACCGGAGGACCGAUAGGGAGCAGUAUAAGAGAUCACAUGUUGCGACUCCUAGGCUACUUACAUCAGUGAAACCGGCAGAAAUUAAACAUUAGCACGCGACUGGCCGAACACAAACGAGCGACGAGAAAUGGUGACGUCAACAAUCACAUUACUAAACAACAUUUGCAGACGAAACAUCAAAUCGACUAGGACUCUGCGACAUGUGUUACGUGUUCUACAGACUAUACUAUCAACGACUUACUUUAGAAAGCUGGUUUAUUAUUAGCAAAACUAACUACGAGAGAAUGACAGGACAACCGAACGACGGACGGAUCGAAACGCGCCAAUGAAAUUACGAGUCUUCAUAGCCAAUAACAUCAAGGCUUAACUGACAGACAACCUAUGACACUGCGACUGACCAAUCAGGUCAAUAAACAGAGUUCAAUAUCAUCAACUGACGUGAUACAACUCCCUUUGACUCUGAAGAUGACUACCGCACAGGUUGUCGAAACGUCAGUCACUAUUAACAACAGCCCUACUCAGGACUACGUUCAUCUGGACGAUAAAGCUCAACCUACUUAUGAUCAUUUUCUUUCUUCCGGUUUCGCAGAUAACAGCAAAGUUUAAAGGGAAGCUCACCAAGAACGGAUACCUCGAGAUGCCAGUUGUAAUUGCUUCCUCCGAUGACGAAACAGUAAUUGAGGCUCAGAAAAACGCACAGAAGAAGCCGGCAUCCCUGCGGCCUUUGCGGCGGAGGGGAACUUUUUUCUGUGUAACGGCCCAAAACACCUUACUUUACAAGCAAGAUAACUCCAACAUGGACUUCAGUGAUCAAGAAGAAGUGGAUGAUUUUAUCGCCAGCCAUUUAUCACGGACUAAACAAAGCGGCUAUAAUUUUACGGCUAACUCGAAUAAGUCACUACCACGAAAACAAAACCAUAGCUCUGCUUUUGCAUCACGACACGAACCUGAAAGAAAGGUUGUCAAUAGUAACGGGCAAUUCAAGCUUAUAAGUGCAGUCUAAAACUUUAAUCGUGAAAAUUGUGGUAGAAUUAUCAUACAUCAAAACACGAUUAUAAAAAUAUAUGUCGAACAGGCGCGACUCUGGUUAAAGCUUUAGGAGAUAAAUAUGAAUUUUAUGAAUUAAUUUUAAAAGGCCGUCUGAGAUGGACUAGACUUGACAUUGUAACGUUAGGCGAAUUCCGCGGGUACCCUUUUACGUAACUAUUGUGUGUCACUUGACGGAUGGUACAAAUUACCCUGUGACUACAUUUGUGUGUCGGACAAUGUAUCUCGUAAAUCGGGUGACCCCUUGCGAGGCAAGGUUUACAAAUUUGUCAAAAUUUACUUUUUGUGUGGAUCGCUGAGCGGGAAGUGAACACUGCGUAUUUGCUUACGUUGCUUAGUGGUAAGGAAUUUUCCGGGUUCAAAUCCUAGAGGAUCCAUUUUUUUGUUUCUUUUUAUCAUGUAUUUUGACUUUAAUUUUUGACGUGAAUUUUAAGGUAUUGGUAUAAAAAAUGAAGUAAUUUGUUGAAUAAAAUCUUGUCCAGUUAGCCAUGAAUUUGAUUGCAUUGUAUUUCACAACAGCAAUAUUUCA